CUCUCCUUCCGUACGAUGACCCAAGAUGGCGGAGCCCGUGAUUGAAAACCCAGAUUCAAGAUGGCGACUUCCUGCUUCCCCGAUAGCGUCGCGCGUGGCCACCGAGGCCACGCCUACUUCCGGCUACCCCGGCUACUCCUGCUCAGCAUGGCUGCUUUAGGGACUGUUCUCUUCAGUGUCCGGAGGCUGCACUGCAGCGCAGCCGCUUGGGCGGGCGGCCAGUGGCGACUACAGCAGGGACUGGCUGCUAACCCCUCCGGCUACGGGCCCCUUACAGAGCUCCCAGACUGGUCAUAUGCGGAUGGCCGCCCUGCUCCCCCAAUGAAAGGCCAGCUUCGAAGAAAAGCUGAAAGGGAGACGUUUGCAAGACGAGUUGUACUGCUGUCACAGGAAAUGGACGCUGGAUUACAAGCAUGGCAGCUCAGGCAGCAGAAGUUGCAGGAAGAACAAAGGAAGCAGGAAAAUGCUCUUAAACCCAAAGGGGCUUCACUGAAGACCCCACUUCCAAGUCAAUAAAAAGCAACUCCUGCCUCCCUUCCUCA